CACCCUGAAGAUCCACAUACACACCUUACUGCAAAACCCCACAGGUGGGACUGCCAGAGGAGACCUGGUCCUGGACAGAGGAGAAGUCUGGACCUAAAUGGAGUCCACACUCCCUAAAGCUCCAGGUGGAGCGGGCGCUGCAGGCGUCCAGCAGCCGACAGUAGUUCCUUCUGGUGGGUUGCAGCCUCUCACCAAGGCAGCAGAGCCCACAGAGCCGAGCAAGGUAGAGGAAGACAAGUGUCAGCCAAAAGGCCCUGCAGGAACAGGAGAUGAACAGGAGUAUUCAUUUGACAGCUCCUCAGACAGCGAGGACAGUGAAGAUGAGGGUAUUGGCAAGAAAGACAAGAAGAAGAAAAAGAAGAAGAAGGUGAAGAAAAAGAAGAAGAAGAAGGACUCCAGCUCAUCCUCGUCAUCUUCAUCCUCCUCCUCUUCCUCCACCUCCUCCUCUUCCUCCUCCGAUAGCUCCUCAGACAGUGAUAGUGAGGAUGACAAGAAGAAGAAGAAAAAGGAGAAGAAGAAGAAAAAGACUGGUGACAAGGAGUAUGUCUGGGACAAUAUCGUCAUAUCUCAGCCUGGACCUGAUGGGCAAAUUGAGCAGGUCUCUAUAGAAGGUGUGAAGCUGGGCCAGGAUUUGAGCUCAUCAGAUGAAGAGGAUGACAAGAAGCAAGAGAAAAAGAAGAAAAAGAAGAAGGACAAAAAGAAGAAGAAAAAGAAGAAGAAGGAUUCCUCUUCCUCCUCAUCUGACAGUUCUUCCUCUGACAGUGAAGAUGACAAGAAGAAGAAAAAGAAGAAGAAAAAGGAUAAGAAGAAGAAGAAGAAAAAGAAGAAGGACUCUAGUUCUUCUUCUUCUGAUAGCUCAUCUUCUUCGUCGUCGUCUUCUGACAGCGAGGAUGACAAGAAGAAGAAAAAGAAGAAGAAAAAGGACAAGAAGAAGAAGAAAAAGAAAGACAAGAAGAAGGAUUCCAGCUCUUCAUCCUCAUCCUCUGACAGUGACAAAGACAAGAAGAAAAAGAAGAAGAAGAAGAAGGAUAAGAAAAAGGAUGAGGAGCAGAAUGAGCUCAGCACUGCUACUCCUCUGUCUGCAGCAGAUGGUGAGAGUGCAGGACCGAGUGGAGAGGGAGAUCAAAAGAAAGACGGUGAAGUUAAAAAGGCCAAAGCCAAAGACCUUAAAGCAGGAGAAGGCAAGCUGUCUUCUACACUGGCUGGGGGAGCAGAGGCAUGUCCUGAUGGCACUGAGGAAGGCCACAUGAGUGAUGAUGAGGGAGAAGGAGGGCAGGAGAAGGACAAGAAGAAGAAGCUGAAGAAGAAGAAGGAGAAAAAGGAUUCUGGCUCAUCCUCAUCCUCAGACAGCGAUGAUGAUAAAAAGGACAAGAAGAAGAAAAAGAAGAAGAAGAAGGAUUCCUCCAGUUCGUCCUCCUCUUCAUCUGAUAGCUCCUCUUCAGACAGUGAAGAUGAGAAGAAGAAGAAGAAAAAGAAGAAGGAUAAGAAGAAGAAGCAGAAGAAGGAUAAGGAUUCCAGCUCUUCCUCCUCCCCUUGCUCCUCCUCAGAUAGUGAUGAUGACAAGAAGAAAAAGAAAAAGAAGAAGAAGAAGAAGUCCAGCUCUUCUGAUGACAGCUCCUCUUCAUCCUCAUCCUCUUCUUCUUCUGAUAGUGAUGAUGACAAGAAAAAGAAGAAAAAGAAAGAUAAGAAAAAGAAGAAGAAGAAAAAGAAGGAUUGCUCUUCUUCUUCUUCUUCUGACUCCUCCAGUGAUUCUUCUAGUGAUGAUGAUAAGAAGAAGAAAAAGAAGAAGAAAAAGGAUAAGAAAAAGAAGAAAAAGAAGGACAAGAAGAAGGACUCGGAUUCCUCUAGCAGUGAUGAUGACAAGAAGAAGAAAAAGAAGAAGAAGGACAAGAAGAAGAAAAAGAAGAAAGACAAAAAGAAGGACUCAAGCUCCAGUUCAUCGAGUUCAUCUGAUAGUUCCAGUGACAGCGACAAAGAGAAUAAAAAGGACAAGAAGAAAAAAGAAAAGGAGAAGAGUUCAGGCUCUUCUGGGAGUGAAACUGACAAGAAGAAGAAGGACUGUCCUGAUGCUAAGCAAAGCAGCCAGCCAAAGGUGGAGGGUUCAGGCUCAGGCGGUCGUGGGCUCUCCGCUCCCAUCGACAGCACCUCCAAGCCGGCUGGUGCUCCUGUCGUCUCUUACACUUCGCUCCCCGCCAAACCUGUUGUAAAGCUGGAUCCUCAGAGCUCCUCAUCUGUCUCCAAACCCGUCCUAAAGCUGGUUCCUCAGAGCUCCUCAUCUGCUUCCAAUCCCGUCGUAAAGCUGGUUCCUCAGAGCUCCUCAUCUGCUUCCAAUCCCGUUGUAAAGCUGGUUCCUCAGAGCUCCUCAUCUGCUUCCAAUCCCGUUGUAAAGCUGGUUCCUCAGAGCUCCUCAUCUGCUUCCAAUCCCGUUGUAAAACUGGAUCCUCUGAGUUCCUCAUCUGCCUCCAAACCCUCCAUCCCUAGCUCGUCCCUGAGUACGGGAGACGGCGCCGCCAUUCGUCGUCCUGCCAGCCCCAUGGAGGCCCUGAUGAACAGCCCGAGGAGGUAUGGAGAUCGCUCCACUACAACCCUCACCUCACAUGACCUGCUGAGAGGCCCGAAGCCUUACCAACAAUGAGAUGUCAUAGAACUAGAUAGUUACUGAUUAAAAAGAAACAUGGCUUACGUAAUAUUGGAGGCAGUUGAAGGCGAUGGUGAGAUGUGCUUUAGAUAUGCUCUCAAGGGCUCUGAUAUGUUAUGUAUGCAAGAAAAUACAAGAUGAGAGAGAUAUGGCAAGAUAUGAUGAUUAUGUUGGAACCACAAAGUCGAUUUAUGGGGGAAAUGUCAAUUUACAAACAAAUGUUUGCUUUGGGUAAUAAAAGAGCAUGGUUUCAA